AUAUACUGACCAUCAGCUGCCCUGAUUUCUAAAUAUCAGCACUGUCCAGUGAGAAACCCGUAUCGGUGGACCUCUAGUGGGGACGGAAGACACAGAUUGUGUGGACAGGUGUCUUAUACACCUAACGAGCUGACAUUAACUUCUUAAAGUGACAGGACUAAUCCGGUUCACAUGGACACACAACCAGUCUGUGGAGCCAGAAUUCUUGCUGGUUGGUUGGGGUUCAAAUACUUAUUUCACUCACUGAAAAGUAAAUCAAUCUCUAACCUUUAUAUAAUGUGUUUUUUGGUUUUUAUUGGUUGGUAUUCUGUCUCUAGCUGUUAAAAUAAACCUACCAUAAAAAUGACUGACCCUUCAUUUCAUUGUAAGUGGUCAAAUAAAUAUUUCCCGCACUGUAACUGUGUGUGUUUGUCUGAAGGCCAUCCGUACGUGGAGAUAAUCGAGCAGCCGAAAGCCCGAGGGAUGCGCUUCCGCUAUAAGUGUGAGGGUCGAUCCGCCGGCAGCAUCCCUGGAGAGAAGAGCAACGACACCACAAAGACACACCCCGCCAUCAAGGUUCACAACUACAGCGGGCCGCUGAGAGUGCGGAUCUCCUUGGUAACCAAGAACCAGCCGUACAAGCCACACCCACACGAGCUGGUGGGCAAAGACUGCAAACACGGAUAUUAUGAAGCAGACCUACAGGAGCGGAGGAUACACAGUUUCCAGAAUCUGGGUAUUCAGUGCGUGAAGAAGAAGGAUGUGGGAGAUGCAGUUUCCUGUCGCCUGCAAACACAGAACAACCCCUUUAAUAUUCCUGAACCCAAGAUCUGGGAGGAGGAGUACGAUCUGAACGCGGUGCGCCUGUGCGUCCAGGUGUCCAUCACGCUGCCCAGCGGAGAGCUGUACCCUCUGGAGCCCGUCGUCUCUCAGCCCAUCUACGAUAACCGAGCCCCCAACACGGCCGAGCUCAAGAUCUGCCGUGUCAACAGGAACUGCGGCAGCUGCCGCGGAGGAGACGAGAUCUUCCUGCUGUGCGACAAAGUGCAGAAGGAGGACAUCGAGGUGCGUUUCUUCCAGGACUCGUGGGAGAGCAAGGGCUCGUUCUCUCAGGCUGAUGUUCACCGGCAGGUGGCUAUCGUCUUCCGCACGCCUCCGUACCAUGACCCUAACCUGACGGAGCCGGUGCGUGUGAAGAUGCAGCUGCGCAGGCCGUCCGACCGCGAGGUCAGCGAGGCAGUGGACUUCCAGUACCUGCCGGCCGAUCCGGAUGAGCACAGGCUGAUGGAGAAGCGCAAGAGAACAGAAGGGAUGCUGCAGAACCUCAAACUGAGCAGCAUCAUCACAGGAUCCUCCAUGCCUGCAGACAGAAGGCCGUUUAGUAUAGCUAAACGAACACUGGGCAUCUCUAAACCCACAGCGGCCAGCAGCCUCCCAGCAGUGGCGUCCGCAGGUGUGUCGGUGAAGCCGCAGACGUCCUCGUUCUUCGCUCCUGCCCCGGGUCAGCUGUUCGCUCCGGCCGCUCAGAGUUCACUCAAACUGGAUCCGCCGAGCUCCAGCUCCACCGGCGACACGUGGAAGUUCCUGCAGAGUCUGACGGUGGACUCCCAGCCCAAAGCGCCGGCGUUCCCGAGCCAGAGCGUCCCGCAGGACUUCCCCACGGUCAACCUGUCGGACCUGCAGGACUUCCCCCUGAGCAGCUUCCUCCCGGCCGAGCCCCCGAGCGCCGCUCCCCAGGACACCUUCAGCGACGAGCUGCCCGAGUUCCCCAGCUUCUCCGAGGUGGACAACAUCAACAUCGAGGAUUUCCAAGCGCUGCUGGGCGAAGCCAGGCCUGCGGACGAGCCCGCGGGGGGCAGCGGCUCCACCUGGAUGUCCUUCCCUCCCAGCAUCGCCAGCCUCAUCCAGAGCGAGAGCAUGCUGGAGAGCACGGCCCCCGCGGCCCCCGCCGUCCUGGACGAUCUGGAGGUGCUCAGCUCCAUCGACGACGACCGCUUCAUGUCCCUCUUGUCCAGCUCAAACCAGACGGGCUUUCUGUCCGGACACCCCACCUAAAGCACCGGGCGCUCGUGUUCCUGAGGACUCCUGACCGGUGUGUGUCUUGAUGAACCCUUUCACACAGUGCCUUAUCGAGCGGCUCAGCCAAUCACUGCGCAGCAUCCACAGCCUCGCCGACCAAUGACUGUUGAGGACACUGAGCAGUUAUGACCUCUGUAGAAUGUACUUCUUAAAGUAAGAAGAGUCUGUUAACACUUUUAAAGGAGCAUCACACCAUUUCUGUCUUAUUUGAAACGGUAAACCUGUGUUUUGAAGCAAGAAAUGAAAAACAAUAAAGUUUUCAUUUGAUAAUUUAAUUAAUCUUUUAAAGAGGGAUAAAACAUUGACAGCUUAAUUACUCUUUUAAAAAGUAAUGGUUAUAUGCCAUUAUUUUCUCACCAAAAAUAAUACAUGUGUAUUAAAUCAUAAAUCCAGAAAAAUUAAGACAACAGAGAUUUUCCGGAAAACAAAGUAAAAGAUUUCAUAGGGCACUAUUGUGUAAAAAUGUAAAUACGUUAUUAGACUGUUGAAAUGGUAUUACAAACAUGUGAGUAAGCCAUUAAACUGGACUGAGAAGAAUAAAGUUACUGAUUUCAAUAUCAUUUUUUGUUAAACUUAUAAUAAAUUGUUGCUUAUUAAAAGCAAAAAUGCUUUUUAAGCACUACUUUGUUAUUAGUAAAAUGUCAUUUAAACUAAAAUGGAAUCAGGAAAAUCAUAGAAUUGAAAGUAAAUGGCCCAAAAUGUAAUUUCUGUUCAACUUUAAUGAAUUGUUUGUGAUAUUGUGUAAGGUUUAUGCUUUCAGUGAAUCAGACAAGCUUUGUGGGUACUACAGUUGAAUAAACCGUCGAACCAGGAUCCAGAAAACUGUUUACAUGCAGGACUAGCCCUAAAUCAGUGGGUCGUCGUGUUAAUCUAGUGCACGCUGAAGCUUCAGAUCCGUCAGUCUUGUCUGUAGCUGGUGAUCCUGGCGAUCUGUUACAUUACUCUUGAGUUACUGACAGCUGCGCUCCACAUUCACAUGCUUGCACCUCAGAGGACCAGUGUCUGAUCUGAAGAGGAGCUUCUUCAGUGCAGUAAUCCUUCGUGAUGCUCUGUUGUGUUUGUAGGUGUGACGGCGCUCCACUAGCUCGGGAAGAGACACGGAGGGUUGUGAGGCCUUACUGCGCUUAAACCUCUGGUUCUGACUCCAUUCGAGUGAUGUACAAAUCAAUGAAUGUGCUUUUGUACUAUUAUUUGAGCUGUAAUAAAUGCAUUUACAUCUUA